AUGCCGCCGCCAAACACCCCAGAGGAGGGCGUUUUGCCGUCCAGCGCAACCGCCGGCACAUCGCCGCCCCGGACCGAUGGAGCAACCACGCCGCCCGCCGUGGACCUGCGCUUGCUCGACUACGAGACCGCCGUCGACGAGAAUCUGAUUUGCCCUAUAUGUCGCGUCGCAUUCGUCCAGCCCGUCAUCACCAAUUGCGACCACGUCUUCUGCCACCGAUGCCUCGUGCAGGCCCACGCCCUGAGCCCCGUGUGCCCCAUCGACCGCCUGCCCCUCAAGCUGGCCGCCGACACUCGCUCAGCGCCCAAGAUCGUACACAACCAGCUCGGCAGCCUACAAGUCCGCUGUCCCAACCAUGUACGUGGCUGCCAGCUUGUCGUGGCGCGAAGUCUAGUCGAGAAUCAUGUCACCAGGUAUUGUGACCAAACACCGGUACCCUGUCCGCACCCGAAGUGCUGCGGCACCGUCGUGCGGAAAGAUGUCGGCAAGGGCUGCCUGCACUACCAUGUCCAGUGCGAAUACUGCCAAGAAUCCAUGCAGAAGGCCGACCUCGAGGAGCAUCAAGAUUCCGAGUGUCCGGACCGCGAGACGGAAUGCGAGCUCUGUGCCACCAUCUUCUUGAGGAACAAGGAAGAGGACCACACUAAGGCAUGUCCCGAGGUCGAGACUGGCUGCAAAUAUGCCCCUUUUGGAUGUGCCCACAAGAUGCCGCGCAAGUUGCUCGAGGCGCAUGGAGAGACUUGCGAAUACCGCGUCGUGGGCCCUGUUGGCGGACAACUUGCCGAGCUCCGGGCAGAGCUUAGUGCUCUCCAGGAGAAAGAUCGCCUGAAAGACAGGAGAAUCAAGUUCCUCGAGAACAAGGGGUUCACAAUGUCCCCCCGAGCGCGCCAGAGGCCAUACCAAUACUUCUUGUCAUUGUUUGAGACCAUGGAAUCAAAAGUAGAGCGCGUGUCAUCGGCCCUGCAAGAGGUCGAGGGCCGACAGUCCAUGAUGCUCAUCAACGAAACACUGCAGAUCAAGGAUCAGCUCACAGAGAUCCGAAGCACCUUGGGCGUCCUGGGGAUGCAUGUGAGGUGGCUUAUGAACUUUAGGCUACAAGAGCGUGGCCGGGUCAUGGCGGGCUCGUCCACCAUGUCUAGUUCGAACCCGGGGAACCGAGAGCCCAGCAGUGCUUCCACUCUGCCGCUCCCACGGCGAUUGAGCGAUACGCUGAGAGAGAACCCUCCACGACUAUGA